AUGCGCCCCACAGUACCCAAGCUCAUCAACAUCUUGGUGCCCGUUAAGCGCUCGAUCGACUAUGCUGUUAAGAUCAGGAUAGCCUCGGACGGUAAAGGUGUAGACACUAACGUCAAGCACUCUAUGAACCCCUUCGAUGAGAUCGCUGUCGAAGAAGCUAUCCGCCUGCGCGAGCGGGUCCCCAAAUCCGUCACCUCCAUCACCGCCCUCUCCAUUGGUCCUGCCAAAUCGGUAGACACCAUCCGUACCGCACUCGCCAUGGGUGCUGACUCCGGUAUCCACAUCACCGUGCCCGACAAUACCGUCGUUGAGCCCAUCUCGGUCGCGCGCGCCAUCAAGGCGGUGAUUGAGAAGCGGGCGGGAGGGGCCGAUAAGGUGGAUCUAGUGAUCAUGGGCAAGCAGGCGAUUGAUGAUGAUUCGGGAACGACCGGUGGGAUGUUGGCGGGGAUGUUGAACUGGGGACAGGCGUGCUUUGCGAGUAAGCUGGAUGUAGCGGAUGGAGGGAAGACGUCGGUCACGAGGGAGAUCGAUGGAGGGUUGGAGAAGUUGGAGGGGCAGUUGCCGCUGAUCGUGACGACGGAUCUGAGGCUGAACGAACCUAGAUAUGCCUCAUUGCCAAACAUCAUGAAGGCCAAGAAGAAGAAGAUUGAAACGCUCAAGCCUGAGGAUCUGGGUCUUGACUUUGCCGCACGGCUCGAGACCAUCUCGGUAUCCGAGCCACCUAAGAGGCAAGGCGGAGGAAAGGUCGAGAACGUUGAGGAGCUCGUGGCCAAGAUGAAGGAGGCAGGCGUGCUUCUAGGUGCUUCAGGCGUGAACGGAGAUUUACGCCCGCGCAGCACGGGGGGGUGGGGGGGGAAGCAGGGGGCACUCACUGUACAGCAAUGUACACGCCCCAUUGUCGUUCAUUGGCAUUCCUAG